GUCAAACAUACGGCCAGACUAUGCAGAUACAAGUUUUCAUGAGUUCAAAAUGCAUACCUUCAGUCGUGUGACAUCUUGCAAAGUCUGUCAGAUGCUUCUGAGGGGAACAUUUUAUCAAGGCUAUUUAUGUUCUAAGUGUGGAGCUGGAGCACACAAAGAAUGUUUAGGAAGAUUAGACAAUUGUGGCAGAGCUAAUUCAGGUGAACAUGGGAACCUGAAACAUGAGAAACGAACGAAUGGAAUUAGAAGAAACUCUAGACACGUGGACCCAGGUUUACCAAAAAUGCAAGUCAUUCGAAACUACAGUGGAAUACCACAGCCGGCGACACAAGAUGGUCCACCGUUACAUAUCCAGGUUGGGGACACUGUUGAACUAAUUAAAGGAGAUGCACAUAGCUUAUUUUGGCAGGGCAGAAAUCUAACAACAGGAGAACUUGGAUUCUUCCCAAGUGAUGCAGUAAAGCCUAGCCCAUGUGUUCCUAAACCAGUAGACUACUCUUCACACCUGUGGUUUGCAGGAGCAAUGGAAAGAUUGCAAGCAGAGAGUGAACUUAUCAACAGAGUAAAUAGCACUUACCUGGUGCGGCACAGGACCAAAGAGUCAGGAGAAUAUGCAAUUAGUAUUAAGUACAAUAAUGAAGUGAAACACAUCAAGAUUUUAACAAGAGAUGGCUUUUUCCACAUUGCAGAAAACAGAAAAUUUAAAAAUUUAAUGGAACUUGUAGAAUACUAUAAGCACCACUCUCUUAAAGAAGGCUUUCGAAGUUUGGAUACUACUCUUCAAUUUCCAUACAAAGAAUCUGAAAACUCAGUGGGACAAAGGACUAACAGAACAGCUGGCAACUUGCUAAGCCCGAAGGUGAUUGGCAUUGCCAUAGCCAGGUAUGACUUCUGUGCAAGAGACAUGAGAGAACUGUCCUUAUUGAAAGGGGAUGUUGUAAAAAUUUAUACAAAGAUGAGUGCGAAUGGCUGGUGGAGAGGUGAAGUAAAUGGAAGGGUGGGCUGGUUUCCAUCAACUUAUGUUGAAGAGGACGAAUGAAUUAAAAACUUUCCUCUGCUGAGCAGCAGUUUCAGGGAUUGUAAAAAUUUAGUAUCUUCAAAGUGUUAUUGGUCUUGUUAAGUAUUUAUACAGCAGCAUUUUCGUCUGUCUGAACUUUCCAGUCUUAAUGUUGGGAUUUAUACCGAAGUUUGUGCUGACAGAUUGAUUACCUUGCCCAGAGCUGUGCAAGAAACAACGUGCCAGUUUGUCAUCACUGGGGAUCAGUACAAAGUCCAACCCUCACCCUCCCAGAAGAUCUCUGGAAAACAAAUUUCUUCAUGCUUCUUUUCAUUUCACCCUGUACUAUACCAUGAAUACUAGCUAUGACUGGCUAUUUAAUAAGUCUCUUUUCUUCUAGCUAACAUCUGUGAUGGUAUAAGGAGAUGAAGGCUUAUUAUUCCUUAUCACUGCAUGCAGAAAACAGAGUUCAGUCAUUCCAGUGGGCAUAAAGUAUAGUCAGUAGUCUUGUCUUGAAACAUCAAACUACUUAUCACCUUACAAACAGUUUUACACUCACAAAAACAUUCUGAAGGAAAUAUAUAGUAAACAUGAGUAGCAUUCUUGCAUAUAUAAUUAGUUAACUGACUACUUUGAGGUCCUGCCUAACAAAUCUUCUAACAAUUUGUUUAAAGACAACAUUUUAAAAAGGUGUCGUGAUGUGGCAUUGCUUGAAAAAGCGUCCACAAAAUGGAAUUGUGGGAUCCUUUCUUUGUCAUCCCAAG